CCGGAGCGUUUGAUUGCAGCGUAACGGACAAAUGUAGCACGGGGACGGGGGAGAUGGCCCCUGAUUUUAACGAAUACAUUUAGUAAGGGAGGGGGAAAGGAUCACAGGUAGAAAUGAAGUCCAAGAGGUCGGAAACUUUUGAAUUUGGGUACGCUUGUGCAGGGCGACCACCUCCAUCCCCAUCCCCCAACUCACAUCAGUAAGCGGUUGCUAUGUGUGCUCCAGCCCUUGGUGUGAUGAGUAGCCGAUUGAUCUGUCAAGUGUUAAACAGUAAUGAGCAGCCACGGCCUUGGGAUUAAUACGUUAUCGGACGGUACCCUAGAACUCUGGGAAUAAUGUGAAAAUGAGUUUGCUGGGAUCUGUCCGCAAUUUGUUGCUGGCUCUUUGUCUGAUGUUGGUCUUGGGAUUUCUCUAUUAUUCUGCUGGAAAAUUACACAUGCAUGGAUGGGGACAGGAACCACAAUAUGAUAGACUGGGAUUUCUGCUGAAGUUAGAUUCGAAGAUGGAACUGGAGAAUCCAGUGGUGGACAACAGAAGAGAUGGCUGUGCCAAUGCUGAUACCCACAAAGACAGACUUUUUAUUCCUUCCCAAACCACAUUGGGCUACCUUCGCUCAACAGAUUUGGCCUAUAAAAAUGGAAAUAACACUGAAGGUGGCUGCAGAAAAGGAUUUGCCUCUGCACAGAUGACAGCAAUCUUCCCAAAAUUCUCAAAACCAGCACCAAUGUUUCUCGAUAACACCUACAGGCGUUGGUCGAAACUCAGAGAUUUUGUUCCUCCAUUUGGAAUCAAAGGGCAAGAGUCAGUUAUACAGAAGAUUCUGGGGAUAACUAAGCACUACACUUUGACUUCAUAUCUGGACAGUUUAACCUGCAAGCGAUGCAUUAUCAUGGGCAAUGGAGGAAUCCUGGCCAACAAAUCCCUUGGGUCAAGAAUUGAUGAAUAUGAUGUUGUAAUAAGGUUAAAUGAAGCCCCUGUGAAAGGUUUUGAAAAAGAUGUUGGAGCAAAGACAACUCUUCGAAUUACAUAUCCAGAAGGUGCCAUACAAAAGCCAGCUCGUUACGAGAAGGACUCACUUUUUGUGUUUGCUGGAUUCAAACCUCAAGAUUUCAAAUGGCUAAAAUAUAUUGUUUACAAAGAAAAAGUGAGCCCAUCGGAUGGUUUUUGGAAGUCUGUUGCCACUGUUGUCCCCAAGGAGCCCAAAGAGAUUCGGAUUCUGAAUCCUUAUUUCAUCCGUGAAGCAGCUUUUACAUUUAUUGGCCUUCCAGUCAACAAUGGGAUGAUGGGUCGUGGGAACAUCCCAACACUGGGUACAGUGGCAAUAACAAUGGCAUUGCACAACUGUGACGAAGUGGCAGUCGCUGGGUUUGGCUACGAUAUGAAUGCUCCAAAUGCACCUCUUCAUUACUAUGAGAAUGUCAAGAUGUCAGCCAUUAAAGAGUCGUGGACUCAUAAUAUUGGAAAAGAGAAAGAAUUCCUUAGGAAAUUGGUGAAAGGGCAAGUGAUUACAGAUUUGACAGCUGGGAUUUGAUGCAGUUUUACUCCAGUCGCAAAAUAAAAUUGGAGAAAAGAAAAGCACAAAAGCGAAUGAAGAGGAGGUGCUUGUGGAAUCUGAAAACCUCAGAAGAGGAUACAGUUGUACCACACUACCAGAAGACUGCACAUCUCUGAAUAAAAGCAUUCAUUUGUCAUCUUGCAUCAACUUUAUAUUGAAGGGGGAUUUUUGUGCAGUUACACUUCAUUGCUCAGCUUUAGUGUGCAAUGAGAAAAGAAAGACACUAAUAGACGUGCCAUAAUUACCUCUGGAGAAAGAAGUGCAACAGGAUUGUUGAGGUAUUUCUCUUUUAUAGCUUGAAUGUAAAGACUUCCAUGAGCUGUGUGAACAAACAGUUUUACAUUGUGUUUUCUUUUAGUUUAUUAUUUCCUCUCUCUAUCCUGAAAUUCAUGAGACUGGCUGUUCCGUCCCAGACUUGUCCAUUGUUGCUGCUAUUCCUUUUUGGGAUAGAGGAUUUUUUUUUAAACAAAUUGUUCU